AUGCAAACAGCGGCGUCUCUGUCGGUGCCUGUGUUGCUACACGCGACACACUCGUCCGGCGCCGCGACUAAUGCGACACAAUGCGGCGGCUCGGCUGAAGUUGAAAGCGGUGGCGACAAUGCCUUUGUGUACGGGCGGUCUCCACGUUCAUCCUAUUUCAAUACAUAUGAAAGUGUAUGGUGGUUACUAUUAAGAGCUGACGCUGGACAAAGGUCAUUUCAGUUGAAAGCCUUAAGAUUUUACUGUUGUAUGAGCAAA